AUGGCGAUUGCGCGGACUCUGCAGCUCCGCCGAACACGGUUGGAGUGGCUGGCGCGCCGCAUUGCCCUUAGCGGCUGUCUCUCACGAAGGGAGGCGUUGGCGGCGAUUGAGCGUGGAGAUGUGAAGGUCGACGGCCGCACAAUAACACGCGACGUAGAAAUAUGUGAUGAGGCGGAAGUCUCUCUGAUGGGAAGAGUGCUGCCAGCUGCUGCAGCGAAGCCUUUUCUCUUUGGUAUGUUAAAGCCUCCAGGUGUGGGGUGUACGUACACCUUAAAUGCUUCGGGCCCCACAUUGAAGACGCUGCUGCUGCAGCAGCCGUGUUUAGAGGAGAUGUGUCUUGAUGAUAUUGUUAAACAAACGAAGACAAGUGCUUUUAAUAGCAAAGGCAUUUCUUCAACUAAGCAACAAGACGCUGAAAACAGCAGAAAAAGAACAGCAGCAAAUGCCACCUCGAGAGAUGCUGCACAGACACCAGAAGAGCAAUAUUCCCAAAUCCCCAGCAGCAGAGGCAGCAGCAGCAGCAACAGCAGCAGCAGCGGCAGCAGCGGCAGCAGCAGCAGCAGCGACGCGUUUCCGCAUAUACCAGGGCAUUUGAUACCUGUUAAUCGACUGCCGCUGCAUGCAGAGGGCCUCGUACUUCUAACUAACGACGGCGACUUUGCACACACAUUGCGGAAGCCAAGCAGCAAAAUCUUAUCUGCCUACGAUCUCCGCGUGAGCGGCUGUCUGCCUGAUGGAGCCGUCUGGCGGCAGUGGGCGUGCGGAGUGCAGCAAAAAGGAAUUGACUACGGGAGAGUCUGGGUACUGCUUUUAAUUCAACAGCAGCAGCAGCAACAGCAACAGCAGCAACAGCAGCAGCAGUAG